GAGUAGUCACGUGGUUCAUGUGGUUAAUCGAUAACAGUGAAUAAUGGCUUGAAUCUCGCAAGAGACUGACAUUCACCACAUCAACCCAGAAAACAGUUGCCAGGGUAACGAAGACAUCUCCACGAUGCUGCGCACAUUGUCCUUGAAAGAGCUCAAUCCGCACAUCAUCUGUGUGCUUUGCGGGGGGUACCUGGUGGAUGCGACUACCAUAAUAGAGUGCCUUCACUCAUUUUGUCGCUGCUGCAUUGUUCGUUACUUGGAGACGAGUUACCGCUGUCCAGUGUGUGACGCAGAAAUACACAAGACGAGACCUUUACUUAACAUCAGGGCAGAUAACGUGCUCCAAGACAUAGUGUACAAAGUUGUACCGGGAAUGUAUUUCGAGGAGAAAAAGAGACGGAAGGAAUGCGAAGAAAAGUUGAAGAAAUCGAGACAUCCAGAGAAACCGGCCCAGGAAGACGUUUGUGAUACGAAAAACACUGAUAAGGAGAAAGAGCAAACAACCGAUGAACCGGAUAUCGAGGACCCCAUCUGCCUGACCCUGGAAUUCUACAAGCGAAGAAAGAAUACCAGUGAGCAACAGAUCUUUCCGACUCGUUACCUACGAUGUUCUUCAUCUGUGACUGUCAGCGUCAUCAAGAAAUUCCUCACCAUCAAGUUUGGAAUCCCACAAACACAUAAGUCUGAGCUGAUUCGAUCAGAUGAGAUACUUGAUGAUAAUCUGACUAUGAAGGAGCUGACGCGGAUCUAUGGGAUUUUCUCCAAGUCGCAGUUGGAUCUGCAGUACUUAUUCAUGUCGGUGAAGGAUGACGAUUACGAGGCGGAGCAGGAGGCCAAGAGGCAAAAGCUCGCGCAUGCGCAGCGACAGCGUGAGCUGUAUUUAUUGUACCAGAAGCAGCAACAACGACGACGGGAACUAGAGAGAGAAGAACAAGGACGCGAACAACGCGAACUGGACACGAGCGGCUCCCCGGCACAUGAGCUGGUUCAUAAACUUUCGAGCAAAAAGCGCAAACGUGUUUCGGGAGGUCACCAAAAACCGUCUAAACACAAACCAGGAAAUACUGGGCUAACAACACAACCUGGAUGUACUCGGAUACCAACACAAGCGGGAGAUACUGGGAUACCAACACGAGCGGGAGAUACUGGGAUACCAACACGAGCGGGAGAUACUGGGAUUCCAACACAAGCGGGAGAUACUGGGAUACCAACACAAGCGGGAGAUACUGGGAUACCAACACAAGCGGGAGAUACUGGGAUACCAACACAAGCAGGAGAUACUGGGAUACCAACACAAGCAGGAGAUACUGGGAUACCAACACAAGCGGGAGAUACUGGGAUACCAACACAAGCGGGAGAUACUGGGAUACCAACACAAGCGGGAGAUACUGGGAUACCAACACAAGCAGGAGAUACUGGGAUACCAACACAAGCAGGAGAUACUGGGAUACCAACACAAGCGGGAGAUACUGGGAUACCAACACAACCAGGAGAUACUGGGAUACCAACACAACCAGGAGAUACUGGGAUACCAACACAAGCAGGAGAUACUGGGAUACCAACACAAGCAGGAGAUACUGGGAUACCAACACAAGCGGGAUAUACUGGGAUACCAACACGAGCGGGAGAUACUGGGAUACCAACACAAGCGGGAGAUACUGGGAUACCAACACAAGCAGGAGAUAUUAGGGAAAACUGGGCAAAAUAUCAAUUGGAGGGGACUGGGGCAAGACAAAGACUGGAAGAGACUGGGGCGAGACAAAAAGGAGACACCGAGGAUUUGGGACUUGUGAUAAACAACAAGCAAACCAUUCAGAAGCAAGAACUUAAUCACGGACCUGAAGAUGACGACAGCAACAUCACUUCAAACGGUCUGGGGACUUGGCCACUAGGAUGCGAUUCAGAAUCCUCUAGCACGAAAGAGAACAAUGCCUUGAUUGACAACAUUCCUGUUAACCCGACGAUAAACGGUAACCACGGUAACAAGAGGUCACAGGAAAUGAACGAAAAACGAGCAGCACAAGAGAAAGUUGAAGUAUAUUGAGUUGCAUGACUUUACUAUGUGUAGAUAUAUUUGUUUCUAUAAAUUCGAAAAGAA